GCUGAGCCGGGCGCGUAUGGAGGCCUGAGGGCAGCGGGGGCGGAGCGCGCCGCGAGCUUGGGGCAUGUCCGCAGCGGGCGCCGUCUAGAGGAAGGCCGAGCAGCCGCCACCACGCUUUCAGUCGCGGCAAGACGCAAGCGAGCCAGGCCGAGGGCCGCGGCGACGAUGCAGCGACGGCGGCGCCCUCCGCCGCCCGCCUCUCAGCUGCCCGAGGGCUGCGGGGGAGGCGGGCGCGGUGGCGGCGGGAACGAGGAGGUGGAAGUGCAGUUCUCCGCUGGGCGUUUGGGCUCGGCCUCGGCGGUUGCAGUGGCGGCGGCCGCGCGCAGCACCGAGGAGGAAGAGGAGAGGCUCGAGCGCGAGCACUUCUGGAAGAUCAUUAAUGCCUUCCGCUACUACGGCACCAGUAUGCAUGAACGAGUCAACCGAACAGAAAGACAGUUUCGAUCACUUCCAACUAAUCAACAGAAACUACUUCCUCAGUUUCUUCUUCACUUGGACAAGAUACGGAAAUGCAUUGAUCAUAAUCAAGAAAUACUACUGACCAUUGUGAAUGAUUGCAUACAUAUGUUUGAAAAUAAAGAAUAUGGAGAAGAUGGGCAUGGAAAGAUUAUGCCAGCAUCUACAUUUGAUAUGGAUAAGUUAAAAUCCACAUUGAAGCAAUUUGUGAGAGACUGGAGUGAAACUGGGAAAACAGAAAGGGAUGCCUGCUACCAACCAAUCAUUAAAGAAAUUUUAAAAAAUUUUCCAAAAGAGAGAUGGGAUCCUUCUAAAGUAAAUAUUCUGGUACCUGGUGCUGGACUAGGAAGACUGGCCUGGGAAAUAGCUAUGCUAGGUUAUGCUUGUCAAGGAAAUGAAUGGAGUUUUUUUAUGCUCUUUUCUUCCAACUUUGUACUCAACAGAUGUUCUGAAAUAAAUAAAUAUAAGCUUUAUCCCUGGAUCCAUCAGUUUAGCAAUAACCGGAAAUCAGCUGAUCAGAUUCGACCCAUCUUUUUCCCUGAUGUUGACCCUCACAGUCUUCCUCCUGGUUCUAACUUUUCUAUGACAGCAGGAGAUUUUCAAGAGAUAUACUCAGAAUGCAAUACCUGGGACUGUAUUGCUACCUGUUUCUUCAUAGACACAGCUCACAAUGUAAUUGAUUAUAUUGACACAAUAUGGAAAAUACUCAAGCCAGGUGGAAUUUGGAUAAAUCUGGGUCCUCUCCUGUACCACUUUGAAAAUUUGGCAAAUGAACUUUCCAUAGAAUUGAGCUAUGAGGAUAUAAAAAAUGUUGUUCUGCAAUAUGGAUUCCAGGUAGAGGUAGAGAAAGAAUCUGUCUUGUCAACAUAUACUGUGAAUGAUCUCUCCAUGAUGAAAUACUACUAUGAAUGUGUCUUGUUUGUAGUCCGUAAACCACAAUAAUGGUCUCAAGUGAUAUCACCAGGAAAAAAAGUUUAAUAAGAACAAAUGCUGAAAUAAACAAGUCAAAAAUCAACUAUUACAAUUACGGGACACAACCUCAAAUCAGUGGUGCCUUCUUAUUCCUAACAAAAUUUAGAAAUAGCAUCUAUUUUCUUAAUAUGUCUAUCGCUUUUACAGAAAUAUAUUAUGCCAUGCAUAUUUGUACUACACAAGUAAAAAUGGAGGAAAUAUCUUCAAAUAUACUUUUUCCUUGAAGCCCAGAAUUGUCUUUCAGUAGGAAAACCUUUAUCUCCAGUGUCUUCAUGAAACUGUCCAUUGCAAGUCUGCCAUACUAAUGACUAAUAAUAUUGACUCCAUAACAAUCCCUUUUUUGUUGUUUUGUAUGAUUGCACAUGUUAUUUUUAGAAGUCUGAGAAUCCUGUUAUUCAAGAUCUGGAAUUGGGACUUUUGUUAACUUUGAAAUUAACUAAUCUAUAUAUACAAUAUGCUCCUAUCCUUUUAUCAUCCAGAAUGUUUCAUUUUACUUUUUUCCAGCACAGUUGAACUUAAAGGCUCAAAAAUUACUAAAUUUAAUAGGAUCACAGGCUAGUCAAAUGUAUUCAAGUAGCUGAGAAAUUAGACUUUUGGUCAUACUAAACUCCAAACACUUUUUGAAAGCAUGGGUCACUUUGAAAUGUAUGAGAUCACAACAUUCUCACUGAGGCACCAAAGCCCUUCUUAAAGGUACUGCUAGGAAACUGGAGAAAAAUACCUACCCAUUUGAAAUGUAUGGUUUUAAACUAUAAAAGAACACAGAAAUUAUCAGUGAAAUGUUUACUUUUUUUUUCUUUAGUUUAUCUGGAUUACAAAAGCAAGCACUUUUUUUGUUCAAACAAUUACAUACUAGGAAAAACUGUCAUGAUGGUAUUAAUGUGAGGAAAUUUUGAAUAUGAAAUUCAGGGAUAAAUUACCGCCCUGGUCUGUGUCUUCAUUAUUGUAAGCAGCAGCCAUUACUGUAACUUCAGAUAAACUAAUUUUGUUCCCCAAUAGUUGGACCUGAAACAGUAUAUGCUGCUUUGAUUUCUACCUCUACCAGAUCUUUAUUACAAGGAGUUUUCCUUUUUAUUUGUUUAUGCUAACCUUCUUUAUCCAGUAACUUGGAAAGUAGAGAUAUCUAACUUGAUAUCAGUUUUAACAUUCUCUUGGAGAAAAGGAAGUACUCAAGUUGAAUUUUUUCCACAGAUAAUUGUGAUGGCAUUAAAUGACCUCUGUGGCAAUUUGGAUUAGAUAGACAGUAAUGUGCUGGUAGCAUAAAUGUCAUGAUUUAAUAGGAAAACUUUUAAAUCUUUAUGCCUCUAUUGUCAGUUAGGGAGGGCAAGUCCCUGUGCAAUUUGGCAUCUUACUAAUAGGACCUUUUCUGCAUACACUGAGGAAACUCUUGUGGCCUUUGGACCCAUUGUAAAGUGAAGGACUCCAUCAGGUUAAUUUGAUUUGCCAAAUUGUGGAAACCUGCAACCUGUUCCAUUUACUUUUUUUUUUCUUAUUUCUUGUUUUUAUGUCCCUCAAAAUCUUGACAGAUGUUCAUUUAGUAGGAAUUCUCAUAAUCUGCCACAUAAAUGAAUUUGAUAUUAAUUGUAAGAAAAAAACUGAAAAAUUAUUUUUUAAGAAAGAAACUUUAAAGGAUCCUAAAUAUUUAAAAAGCCCACUGAAAGGAAAAGAAUACAUGCUGUUUUUGAGUAAUUUAGAAAUGCAUUUUACUCACUGACUAGUAGUCACUGCUUUCCAGCUUGUAUCAAAGCAAUGAUCUUGUUUUUCUCAUAGAGGCAAAACAGGUUGAGACCAAUGGGUUAGCUGCAUUUCUUAAAAUGUUUGCUAUCAGCAUCUAUUCUUAAUGAUGUUACUUAAAAUCAUCACUUACAUUGUAGUUAAUUCUGAGAUCACUUAUUUCAUGUUUUUAAUUUCUCCCUCAUAUCAUGGAUACUAUAUUUUUAAAUGUUCUACACAAAUUUGCAUCACUUUUCUCCUGGAGCUUAUGUAGUUCAUAUACUCUAAACUUGAAAAUUGUGGUAUCAAUAAUAGAAGUGUCACUGGAGGAUUUAAUUUUGUAUUUCUUAUAUGUAGUCCUAGCUACUGAAGGGUGGAAGCCUUAAAAGUUUUUUUUCUCUUAAAAUUUUAAUUUUUCUUAAAAUUUAUAGACAUUGUCAUUCACUUUCAUAAUGCUGGAGGAGCUAGGUCAUUGUGCUUCCUCCCCCCACCCCCCCUUUCCUUCCAGUAAUCUGAAGUGGUUCAGAAAAGGAUUUGUUAAUCAAGUGAGCAAGGUGGGACAUGUAAAUUAUAAAGAGAAGCUGUAUAAAUCACAGUAUAAAAUUAUGAAGUUUGGGAACUGUAAAAUGUACUGUAUUUAUAUGUAAUUCUCAUUCUAAAAGUUGCCACAAAGGCUGAAUUGGAAGCUUCAUGUCUGCAUGAAAUUUCCUAUAUUUUUAAUGUGUAUGAUGGACUUAAUUUUUCUGGAAUAUUAAAGUCUGCAAAUUGCUAUGAAAUAAUAUUUGCUUGUUGAUUCCAUCUA